UUAGAGGGGAUAUUUUGGUUAUUGAAUCAUGAUGAUGAUGAUGAUCGGAUGGAUAGAGAUAGAGAAAAGUUAGCAAGUAAGAGAGAGGAGGGCUCUUGUGAAGGAGAGGAUCUGAUCUUUCCUUUUUGCGUUGAAUUCUCUUAUAAUAUAAGGCUUUUAUGUGUGUGAAAAAGUGAGAAAAAGAGAGAACAAAAAGCAAAGCAUGGAAAGGAGAAACUAAGAAAGAAAGCGAAAAAAGAUGGUCAGAUUAAUAGAUGGAUAGAUAGAUACUCCCAUAGGAGAAGAAAAAGAAGAAGAAGAAGUAGUGGUCGAAGGAGGAGAAAGAAGAAUACUUUUUUUUUUUUUUUUAAAUAGAGAGAGAGAGAGAGAGAGCCUUUCUUUCUUUCUUUCUUUGAUUGUUUUGAUAAUUUCCUCGUCCCUUCUUCUCCACCUGAAAAAUAAGCCAAAUUUGUCCAUUUUGAGAGAGAACAGAGCCGCUCUUAUUGUCCUGUAACUAUUAUAUCCCCACCGCCUGAAAACCAAAAAAAGAAAGGCUCUUUGAACUCAUUUCAAUUGAGAGAUAUUGAUAAAGAUUUGUUUCUUCUGUUCAAGAAAUGAGAGCUGGUCUUAGCACGAUCCAGCAAACCCUGACACCAGAGGCGGCGAGUGUACUAAACCACUCGAUAGCCGAAGCAAGCCGCCGUAACCAUGGCCAGACCACACCACUUCAUGUUGCGGCUAUACUAUUAGGUUCCCCAUCUGGUUUCCUCCGCCAAGCAUGCAUCAAAUCACACCCUAAUUCUUCACAUCCUCUUCAGUGCAGAGCUCUCGAGCUCUGUUUUAGUGUUGCCCUUGAACGCCUCCCUACCGCACAGAACCUCAGUCCUGGCCUUGACCCUCCAAUCUCCAAUGCCUUAAUGGCUGCGCUAAAGCGUGCUCAGGCUCAUCAGCGAAGAGGGUGCCCUGAACAGCAGCAACAACCACUUUUAGCAGUCAAAGUCGAGCUUGAGCAGUUGAUUAUAUCGAUUCUUGAUGAUCCAAGCGUUAGUAGAGUUAUGAGGGAAGCUAGCUUUUCAAGUCCAGCUGUUAAGGCAACAAUCGAGCAAUCUUUGAAUGCUUCUACGAAUUCCAAUUCUGCUGCUAAUUCUGGGAUUGGAAUGGGGUUUCGUGCUCCAGGGGCUGUGGCUGUUCCUGCUCCUGUGACUAAUAGGAAUUUGUAUGUGAACCCAAGAUUGCAACAAGGGAGUGUCGGUCAAUCUGGUGCACAAAGAAACGAGGAGGUUAAGAAGGUUAUUGAUAUUUUGUUGAAGAGUAAGAAGAGGAAUCCUGUUUUGGUAGGUGAGUCGGAGCCACAGAUGGUAGUGCAGGAGGUUUUGAAGAGAAUAGAGAAUAAAGAAGUAGGAGAUUGGCCGUUAAAGAAUGUUCAUGUGAUUCAUUUAGAGAAAGGCUUUCUAGAUAAAGCACAGAUAGCGGCAAAGAUUGUGGAAUUAGGGGGAUUGAUUGAGACCCGGAUAAGAAAUUUGGAUUGUGGUGGGGUGAUUCUUGAUCUGGGGGAUUUGAAAUGGCUUGUUGAGCAGCAAGUGAGCUUAACAGGUUCUGGUGGGGUUCAGCAGCAGCAGAUUGUGUCAGAUGUUGGGCGGUCGGCUGUGGCGGAGAUGAGGAAGCUUUUGGGGAGGUUUGGAGAAGGGAGUGGUGGAGGAAAGGUUUGGUUGAUUGGGACUGCUACUUGUGAGACAUAUUUGAGGUGUCAAGUCUAUCAUCCUUCAAUGGAAAAUGAUUGGGAUCUGCAGGCAGUACCCAUUGCUGCUAGAGCACAUCUUCCAGGGACGUUUCAUCGGCUUGGAACCAGUGGAAUCCUCAGCAGUUCAGUUGAAUCUUUAUCACCACUGAAGGGUUUUCCAACUGUUACACUUCCUCCACCAAGGCGUCUCUCUGAGAACUUGGAUCCUGCUCGAAUAAUGAGUUGUUGCCCUAGUUGCAUGCAGAAUUAUGAUCAAGAGCUUGCAAAACUUGUACCCAAGGAGGCUGAGAAAUCUUCAGAAAUCAAAUCUGAAGCAGCUCAGCCUCCACUGCCACAAUGGUUGAGAAAUGCAAAGUCCCAAGAUGGUGAUGUCAAGACAUCUGAUCAGACAGUGACUAAGGAUCAAGAACUGAUGUUGAAGCAAAAGAAACAGGAGUUGCAGAAGAAAUGGCACGAUACAUGCUUGCACCUUCAUCCUGCUUAUCAUCAACCUAAUCUUGGACCUGAAAGAAUUACCCAACCAGCUCUCUCAAUGACAAGCUUGUAUAAUCAAAACCUGCUUCCUCAUCAACCUUUCCAGCCCAAAUUAAGCUUAAAUAAAAAGCUGAGUGGAACCCUUGUGCUCAACCCAAAUUUGUUGCCCAGCCAACCAGCUGGACAGGCAACCACUCCGCCUAGAAGCCCUGUGAGAACAGACCUAGUUCUUGGUAGACUGAAGGUUGUUGAGACCACUCCUGAAAAAGAACAUGAAGAGCACACCAAGGACUUUUUAAGCCGUGUUCCUUCUGAGCCACUAUCCAAUUUGCAUGAGUUGCCGAGCAGUAAACUUCUCAGCAAAUUAGACACCGACUCAUUCAAGAAGCUCCUCAAGGGUCUUCUGGAAAAGGUUUGGUGGCAACGAGAUGCUGCAUCUGCAGUGGCUACUACAGUGACACAAUGCAAAUUGGGUCAUGGGAAAAGUCGGGGUACUGGAUCAAAGGGUGACAUUUGGCUAUUGUUCACGGGUCCUGACAGGGCUGGCAAGCAGAAGAUGGCAUCUGCUCUUUCAGAGCUUGUUUGUGUGACCAAUCCAAUAAUGGUUUGUCUUGGUUCACGGCGUGAGGAUGGGGAAUCUGUAUUGAGUUUCCGUGGUAAAACUGUGCUUGAUCGAAUAGCAGAGGCAGUUAGAAGGAACCCAUUCUCAGUAAUCGUACUUGAGGAUAUUGAUGAAGCGGACAUGCUUGUUAGAGGGAGCAUAAAGCGGGCCAUGGAGAGAGGUCGUAUUGCAGAUUCCCUUGGCCGUGAAAUCAGUCUUGGUAAUGUUAUCUUCAUUCUGACUGCAAAUCGCUUACCAGACAAUCCCAAAUUCCUAUCCAACAGCAAUUCGCUGGAUGAAAAGAAGCUUGCGAGUUUGGCAAGUGGAGGCUGGCAGUUAAAGCUAACCCUUUCUGAGAGAAGAGCAAAGCGCCGAGCCAACUGGCUUCAUGAUGAAGAGAGGUCGGCAAGGCCAAGGACGGACUUGGGACCAGCACUAGCAUUCGAUCUGAAUGAAGCUGCUGAUGCAGGGGGUGACAAAGCAGAUGGCUCGCACAAUUCAAGUGAUCUUACAGUUGAUCACGAAGAUGAACAUGUCCUUAAUAACAGACUGUUGACUUCUGCAACUUCAUCAAUCUCUAAAGAGCUACUCAAUUCAGUAGACGAUCACAUUGUCUUCAAACCUGCAGAUUUCAGCUCCAUUAGACGUGACAUCUCAAAUUCUAUAACCAAGAAGUUUUCGACCAUCUUCAACAAUCAGGUGCCGAUUGAAAUCCAAGACGAAGCAUUGGAAAAAAUAGUUGGUGGGAUAUGGUUAAGCCAAACAGGCUUGGAAGAAUGGACCGACAACGUAUUGGUUCCAAGCUUGCGCCAGCUCAAAUUACGGCUACCCACGCGUGCCAAUGAAUCCAUUACUGUCCAGCUCGAGCUUGAUACCGAUUCUGAUAGUCGUAGCCGCGUAGAUUGGCUGCCAAGUAGCAUCAGAGCGGUGGUUGAUGGGUUGUGAACCAAUACUACUCAUAGCAGAGAUAUGGUGGAUGGAUAGUGUUGGCAGUGGCAAUUCCUAGUAUCUGUUGUUGGAUACAGAUGUAAAUAUGCUCAGCUGUUUUUGGUGGGUGGUGAAAACUGUUGAGAGGGGUAAAAAAAAAAAAACAGUUUAGAGAAGAGGGGGAUGGUGAUAGAUUAACCGUUAACGGAAUCUUUAGGCAGCAAUGUAUCGCUUCUUUUUUUUUUUUAAUUAUUGUUUAAGGUGCUUUAAAUGCUUUCUUUUUUGUUAUAGAAUUUAAUAGUAUUCUAUCAUAGAUAUAAAUAUUUAUUAUUUUCGUGGACCGUGAUUAAUAAAAAUGAGGCAUUCCUCCUGUUCUAA